CGAUGUAUAAACUUUAGAUGAAUAGAUCUCGCCUCCCAUUUGACAGGGUAGAAAAACAAAGAACAUACAUAUCCAAAAGUGAAAAUUAAUGCGUAGAUUUGUAAAUUGCGUUGCAACCGUUUAUACCGUUUUUAUCUAUAUCCACCGUGUUUAACGGUUAAUGCCUAAAGAACCGCUGAACGGGACUACAAUCAACGGGGUAACGGGAUAAACUUCAACAAGUGUCAAACAAUAACAAAAACAAAAAAAACACUAAAGUAAAAAUCAAAUAUUACAUAAAAAACUUUUGUGGACUGAAACUCUCAUCAAAUUCUAUGUAAAUGGUUCCGUAAUUCGCGUUAACAGACCAGAAUCGAUCCGUUUGGAAUGUGUAAUAAAAAUUGAAAGGGACGUCGUGUAUUAUCCUCUACAGAAAACGCAAUUUCCUUUUGCAUGAAAGUGUGCUGUAUAUCGCACAGUUGCAAUUGAUAAAAUCGUAAUAUUGUUAAUCUUGUGGCGACGUGUGCUCUGUGGCAACAAUCGAUUGCUGCAAAACAAUAACAACAAAAACAACAACAGCAGGAUGGCUUAUCGAGGCAUUAUUGGGUCAACGGAUGGCAAGGAUCGUCGUGAAGCGGAUAGUGACUCCUUUGACGAUAUUCUUACCGAUCAUAGUGCUGAAGUAAUUGUCCCAGUGUCACGUCUCAACUUGUUGUCCCAUUCCAGUGACAGCUAUGACGGCAAGCCAUCGCCCAUACCCCAGAUAUACUCCUCAAAAAUCACCAAAGUUAAUCGCUCAAACGCCACCUCGAUGGUGAUAAAAACAGCAACGAGGGCGCGUUGCAACUGCGAUGAGACCGAUUCCCCGGAGAAUGAUAAGCCCGAUGUAGAUAAUGAGCUGACUAAUGAAAUUUCUGCACCAUAUGAAGUACCUCAAUUUCCCAUUGAGCAGAUUGAAAAGAAACUACAAAUACAACGUCAACUGAAUGAGAAGCAAUCGACAGGAUCACGGGCUCCAGCUCACAUCAGCUCACCCGGUUCGGAGAGCAGUCCCGAUUCUGAUGAUCAAAUGCCCGCUGAGAAACGGGAAACCGAUGCGGACAUUAAUUUUCAGCGUGUCUCCGUUUCGGGAGAGGAUACGAGCGGAGUGCCAUUGGAGGAUCUGGAGCGGGCAUCGACUCUUCUCAUUGAGGCACUCAAGCUGCGUUCCCACUACAUGGCCAUGUCGGAUCAAUCCUUUCCCCCAACAACGGCACGUUUUCUCAAGACUGUCCGACUCAAGGAUCGUUAUGAGAACAUGCCAUCCAAAUCGGUUUCAGACAUAAUUCGCAAACAAAGUAUGGCGACUUGCAGAGAUCUCCUUAUCCAAACAUCACCAAUGAAGCACACUCAUGCCUGGGAUGUGGAAUUCGUACCGGAUGAAGAUUAUCACAUAAAACCCGUAAACGGUGUCUUUCACGUCUAUACUGAUAAGGAACACACUAAUGAACUAAAGUUUCAGUAUCCGGAUAUGAACCAGUUUGUAAAUGACAUGCAGGUCAUGUGUAAUAUGAUUGCCGAUGGCCCACUAAAAUCUUUUUGCUAUCGUCGCCUUUGCUAUUUGUCCUCCAAAUAUCAGAUGCAUGUGCUGUUGAACGAACUGCGUGAACUUGCCGCACAGAAAGCGGUGCCGCAUCGUGACUUUUACAACACUAGAAAGGUGGACACUCACAUUCACGCGGCAUCGUGCAUGAAUCAGAAGCAUUUGUUGCGCUUCAUUAAGAAGACGCUGAAGAACAAUGCCAAUGAGGUGGUUACCCACACAAAUGGUAAACCCAUGACACUCGCCCAGGUUUUCCAAUCGAUGAAUUUAACCACCUACGAUCUGACUGUCGAUAUGCUCGAUGUGCACGCCGAUCGCAAUACGUUCCAUCGUUUUGACAAAUUUAAUUCCAAAUAUAAUCCCAUCGGUGAGUCGCGUCUCCGGGAAGUGUUCCUCAAAACGGACAACUAUUUGAAUGGCAAAUACUUUGCACAAAUUAUUAAGGAAGUGGCCUUUGAUCUAGAGGAAUCCAAGUAUCAAAAUGCAGAGUUGCGUCUCUCGAUCUAUGGCAAAUCGCCCGAUGAGUGGAACAAAUUGGCCAAAUGGGCCAUCGAUAAUGACGUUUACAGCACGAACAUACGUUGGCUAAUUCAAAUUCCUCGAUUGUUUGAUAUAUUCAAGUCUAACAAAAUGAUGACGUCAUUCCAGGAGAUUCUUAACAACAUCUUUUUACCACUUUUCGAGGCAACAAAUAAGCCCAAUGAGAAUCCCAAUUUGCAUAAAUUCUUGCAUUAUGUGAUUGGCUUCGAUUCUGUCGAUGAUGAGUCCAAGCCCGAGAAUCCUCUCUUUGAUAACGAUGUACCACGUCCCGAGGAAUGGACCUACGAGGAGAAUCCGCCGUAUGCCUACUAUAUAUACUAUAUGUACGCCAACAUGACGGUGUUGAACAAGUUUAGAGAGCAGCGUGGCCUAAACACAUUUGUGCUGCGACCACAUUGUGGUGAGGCUGGACCCGUGCAGCAUUUGGUUUGUGGCUUCCUAAUGGCCGAGAACAUCUCCCAUGGUUUGUUGUUGCGCAAGGUGCCGGUAUUGCAGUAUCUGUAUUAUCUGACACAGAUUGGCAUUGCCAUGUCGCCGCUGUCGAAUAACUCACUCUUUCUUAACUAUCAUCGCAAUCCCUUGCCCGAAUAUUUGGCACGCGGUUUAAUUAUCUCGUUAUCGACCGAUGAUCCGCUGCAGUUCCACUUUACCAAGGAACCUCUUAUGGAGGAGUACAGCAUUGCGGCUCAGGUGUGGAAGCUCAGCUCCUGCGAUAUGUGUGAACUUGCCCGAAACAGCGUCACUAUGAGCGGCUUUCCCCAUAGUAUCAAACAACAAUGGUUAGGGCCGAACUACUAUGAGGAUGGCAUCUCGGGCAACGAUAUAACUCGCACCAAUGUCCCAGAAAUCCGUGUCGCGUAUCGCUAUGAGACCUUGCUGGAUGAGCUCACCAAUAUAUUCAAAGUGAAUCAAACCUGCCACUUCAAGCAAGCCAAAUAAAGCGCUAGUUCGUCACAUUUAACAAAAGAAAAAAAAAAUGAAGGAAAAAAACAAAAAAAAAGAAAUAUUUACAAGAAUACAUGCUUGCUUAUUAUAUAUAUAUAUACACACACAUAGAGAUAUAUACAUAAUUAUGUCGUACAUAAUUACGUACUCUCAAUGUACAAGCUUCUCUACUAACCAAUUUAUAUAACUAAUUAAUUACCCGACAGACCAAAAUUCUACAUGCAUACAUUAAUAAAUUCCGACAUACUAUA